AUGUCCAAGGCUGGCGGCAAGCAGUUAAUUGCUACGCUGGUGAAGCUAAUGGUCCCGGCUGGUACCGCUUCGGCACAACCACCUGUUGGCCCUGCACUGGGUGCUAAAGGUGUCAAGGCUAUUGACUUUGCAAAAGAAUUCAAUGCACGCACUGCCGACUUGGAGCCAGGGCUUCUUACGCCGACUGUGGUCACCGUUAACCCUGACCGCUCGUUCUCUUUCACAACUAUGACACCGCCUACAUCAUUGCUGCUGAAACGCGCUGCAAAUAUUACUACCGGCGCUCGGAAGCCGGGCGCGGAAGUGACGGGCACGAUCAGCAUCAAGCAAGUCUAUGAAAUUGCCAAAAUUAAAAUUAAGGAUGUGGAUGUGAACGAAAAAGAGAUGUGCAAGGUCGUCGCAGGUAGUGCACGGAGUCUUGGACUGAGGAUUGUGCGGUAG